AUGUCCGACCCAAUGGCGGCCUUCGUCAACGCCCUCCCCCUCCCAUCUCUGCGACCGACUGCCUCCCGCGCCACGCCCCUGCGUCGCCCCUUCUCUGCGCCCACCGUGCACGUCCGCCCGACGCUCCCGUCCUUCCGACUCGCGCCCACAUGCGUCGCUGCGCCACCAGUCGCCGAAUCCUCUUCCGAGCCGUCGGCUCCUCUGACCGUUCGCCAGGAUGUGGUGACGGUCGCCUUUGUGGCCCAUAUCGACCACGGCAAGAGCUCCAUGUGCGACGCCCUGCUCAAGGGCGCCUCGUGUUUCCGCGAUAACGAGACCGUCGAGGACCGCGUUAUGGACGCCAUGGACCUAGAGAAGGAGCGCGGCAUCACUAUCAACGCCAGCGCUGCUAGCUUGCUGUAUAAGGACGUCAACGUCCAGAUUUUGGAUACACCGGGACACGCAGACUUUGGCGGCGAGGUCGAACGUGUCUUGAACAUGGCUGAUGGCGUCCUGUUGUUGGUGGAUUCCGUGGAAGGUCCCAAGCCGCAGACUAGGUUUGUGCUCAAAAAGGCCAUCGCGCUGGGAAAGAAAAUUGGCUUGAUCAUCAAUAAGAUGGACCGACCUCAGGCGCGCCCGGACUUCGUUGUCGACGCCACUUUUGAUCUCAUGGCUGAGCUGGGUGCAAGUGAUGAGCAGAUGGACUUCAAGAUAGCCUAUGCGAGCGCUAUUAAUGGCCAGAGUGGCAAGGAAGCGGACGCCAUUGAGGACAAUAUGGAUGCCGUCUUCGACCUCGUCCUCGACUUCCCGAGACCCGCUGUCGCGCUCGACGCCCCGUUGCAGUUGCAAGUUAACAACGUCACCUAUGACGAGUUCAAGGGAAGGCUCGUGUCUGGUCGCAUCAAUGCAGGCCGGCUGCGAAAGGGGGAGAGCGUCGUUGUUUGUCAUCCCGAAAAGGAUACCACCAGGGGCAAGGUGGCCGAAAUUUUUGUGUACGAUAAGCUCGGAAGGGCCACAGUAGAUCAAGCCCAAGCAGGUGAUAUUGUUCUGUUUUCAGGGCUCACCAAGUUUAAUAUCGGCGACACCAUCUGCAAGGCCGAUGCGGUUCUGCCUCUCCCGCCCAUCAAAGUAGAAGAACCAACUGUGCGUAUGUCUUUCAUGGUCAAUGUAUCGGAGUUUGCCGGCCAAGAGGGCAAGUACGUCACCUCGCGUAACAUUAAGGAUCGUCUCGAUAAGGAGCUUGAACGCAACGUUGGGUUGCGUUUAGAUAGAGAUCGUUCAUCGCCAGACUCGUUUGAGGUGUGCGGGCGCGGUGCCCUUCAUUUGACCAUUCUGAUCGAGACGAUGCGACGAGAAGGUUUCGAGAUGAUGAUUGGACCGCCGACGGUCAUCACCAAGACAGUUGAUGGAGUCACGCACGAGCCGUACGAGCAAUUGGAAGUGGAAGUACCAGAGGAGUACAUGGGUGCCGUGGUGGACUUGCUGAGCCGGCGGAAGGGUGAGAUGGUGAACAUGGCUGGUGCCAAUUCGGAAAACAUGGCGAGUGUGGUGUAUUGCAUUCCGACGCGCGGUUUGCUCGGAGUGAAGAACGCGCUUUUGACGGCUACGCGUGGCACGGCUGUGUUGAACUCUCAGUUAGAUGGAUAUCGGCCGUUUGCUGGGGAGAUGGAGGCGAAGGAGCAAGGCAGCUUAUUGGUAUACGAGACGGGUAAGGCGACUUCGUACGGGUUGGAAGGGGCGCAGGAUCGGGGGCGGUUGAUCGUGUCUCCAGGUGAGAAAGUUUACAGGAAUCAGAUCUGCGGAGUUCACCAGCGAGCGGGGGAUCUUUCGCUCAACAUCUGCCGGCUGAAGGCUUUGACAAAUUAUCGGUCGGCGAAUAAGGAGAUUAAGGGUGGGAUGCAGGGCUUGUUGCAACUUUCGCUCGAUGAUGCGAUCGAGUAUAUCGGGCAUGACGAGGUGGCCGAGGUUACGCCUGUCAGCGUGCGGUUGGCGAAGAGAGCGGGGAAGGGCAAGAAGAGAUGAGUGGGGGGUGGAAGACAUUCGCGGUUGGGAAAAGGGGAUAUUUUGUUAGCUUUGUUUUUGCCUUGGUUUUUUUUUCUCCUUUUUGUUGUAUGCGAAAAGCGGCCUAGUUUUGCCUAUACUUUUAAUAUAAACCGGAUGAGUUAAUA